CCACAGCCAACUUGCAGACGGAACUCCGACAUGAACUCACUGGUGGCGGUGGCGCUGCUGGCGGCGUUGGCAGCGGUGGUGGCGCAGCUGCCCCCGGACCUCGCGCCCGGCCCUCAUGAGCCGCCCCCACCCCCACCGCCACGACCCCAGGUCCCCGCCCCCGGACCGGGCCCCAGCUCGCUGCACCGCGAAGCCACCUUCCAGAUCCACGCACCCUGGGCGCGCUCCGCCAUCCACAAGAGCCAGGACAUCAUCCGCCCGGAACCGGUGCCGGUCGACCUCGUCGUCGAGUAGGCAGGCGACACGCUCUACGAUUCCCUGACGACGGAGCGCUUUGGACGGAGCGAAACGCUUCUGCGCUAUACAUAGUACAACGGCCACCACCGAACUUCAUUGACGUCGCCUAAAGACCAAGAAGAGUCAAGUUUGAUACAACUAGUUUGUACAGGCGCUGUAACAUUAACCAUUUUUCCUACUUGUUCUCUUGCGAAAUGUGAAAUUUUGUGUCUUUGCAACAACAAAAUUAUUUUACUUAA